AUGGCACCAAUUCCAGUGUAUACGGACAGCCCUGUCGCUGCAAAGCCAUCGAAUGUAACUCCACAAACCGCAGCGCCCGAGGAAUCUCAAAGUGCUGCACCGGCUACCACAACGGCAACAGCAACAGUAUCAGCAACACCUACCACGCCAUAUUAUCCCCAGGCCCAGCCUGGUGCAACACCCACCCUUCCGGUACCCUCGGCUGCUGCUCAAGCAUAUGCUUCGCCUACACAGCCAACCCUUACUCAGCAAUUGCCUAGCGGUGGUCCCCCGCCACCACAAGCCGGAGCAACACCGAUGUCUUCAACUACUAAGCCGCAUCUUCCACCUCCUCCCAAGGCGGGAGAGAAGUUUGUGCCGCCCCCACAAGCUCCGACGCCGAUAAUGCCGUAUCCUGCGCAGAUGUCAAUUCCCCCCCCGACCAUGGCUUACCCGGCACAACAACAAGGCACCGCCACGGCGGCAGCUUCCUCACUGGCGUACGGCCAGGGACCUGGCAAUUUCAUUGGUCAAGGAGGCCAGAACUUAGAGCAUCCUCUGGGCUAUCACCAAAACGUGAAUGCAUCUGGGCUUGACAAGUACCAAACAUCUCCCGCGCAGCGAAAUGUAAUGGGGGAUGGACAUGAUCACGCCGAGGAGGGCAUGUGGGACACGGCCAAGAAGUGGGUCUCCGCCACAGGAGAGAAGCUCGCGGCAGCUGAGAAUGAGGUCUGGAAGAGAAUCAACAAGGAAUAG